ACUUAUUUAUUUACUUUAUUGUAGGUUAAAUGUAGGAUUUGCUCCCAGGAGCUGUCUUACUGUAACCGGUCCACCUCCACAAUGCUGAGGCAUUAUCGUGCCCGGCAUGAGAAGGAAGAAUCGGUUAACCCUCCUGUGAUCAACCCUGGUGUUUCCAGAAAGCAGGCGAUUGAUGAGGCUGUAGUGAAUAUGAUCAUUACAGACUGUCAGCCGCUUAGCCUUGUGGAAGACGUGGGGUUCCGAGACCUGCUCCAACUCCUUGAGCCCUCAUAUGUUCUGCCAAGCAGAAAGGCUAUCAAGACCAUGAUUAGCCAGAGGUAUGAGGAGAAAAAGGAGCAAGUUAAAAAAGAACUGCAGAGUGCAGUUGCAGUUAGCCUAACAGCUGACAUGUGGACAUCUAUCAACAUGGAGGCUUACCUGGCUGUGACCUGUCAUUACGUUGACAGUGAGGACCAUACACUGUGUACAUCAAUGCUGGGAGUGCAACACUUUCCUCAACAGCACACUGCUGAAAAUAUGGCCCAAGUAACAAAAAACUUAAUGGAGGAGUGGGCCAUAGCAGAGAAAGUGACAUGUCUGGUCACAGAUGCGGCUGCAAACAUGAUUGCAUGUGUCAGAAAGCUCCAAAUCAGACACACAAUUUGCAUUGCACAUUCAUUAAAUUUAACAGUUCGAAAAUCAUGUGACCAAAUUGAGACAUUCACUGAUAUCCGACAUAAAACAAGGCAGAUCGUAACAUACUUUAGAACCAGUACUACAGCCAAAGAGAAGCUGACACGAGUCCAGCUACAGAUGGGAGGACCAGUGAAGAAAUUAAUUAAUGAGGUGUCAACUAGAUGGAACAGCACUUAUUUGAUGCUGGAACGCAUUGUGGAACAGAAGGAGUCGGUGCUGGUAUCUCUGGCCUCUUUAAAAAGUGAUCUACCCCCGCUAACUACAGAUGAUUACAAAAUCAUAGAGGAGACACUCGGUGUGCUUGCUCCAUUUAAUCAAGCGACAGUGGAGCUGUCUGAGGAAAAAAGAGUAUCUGGAUCAAAAGUAAUCCCAAUGCUUAAAAUGUUGCACCACUCACUUCUACGCAAUGCAUCAAACGUGACCACGGAAAUCGCUAUCAAUCUUGUGGAAAACCUUAAAAGAAGACUGCUAGAAACACUGUGCAACCUGGAGUCAUUAAGUGUAAUGACAAUACCAACACUGCUGGACCCUCGGUUCAAGACGAUGGCAUUCUUAAGUGUGUCAAAAGCCAAUGAUGCAGUGAAAAGACUCAAAUCUGAGUGUGUGGCAGAAAUGAAAAGUGCUGUACCGACACAAAUGGAAGAUGCCCAAGCUGGUCCUUCAACUCUCUAUGCUCCCAGUUCAGAUGACAACCUGUGGCAGCACUUGGACAUGGAAGUCAAGGAGAGCAAGGCCAACUCAAAUGUCACCACGGAUGCCAUUAUCGAGGUACAAAGAUACCUCUCCGAGGUGAACACACCAAGAUCACAAGAUCCCUUGCAGUACUGGAAAACACAGAGACUAAAUUACCCUACCUUAUACAAACUUGCAAUAAAAUAUCUAUGCACACCAUCGUCAUCAGUGCCCUGUGAAAGAGUUUUCUCCAAAACAGGAGAAAUUGUUUGUAAACGGCGCAAUCGCCUCGGUCCAAAUUUAUUAAAGCAGCUGAUGUUUCUUAAUAAAAAUGUGUGAUUGAACCUUCAGUCUUUUUCCAGUCUUUAUUGAAGUUGCUUGCAAUGACUUUUUUAGUCCAGCAGAUGUCGCCAUUAUGUGAUACAGCAACACAGUUUCAACACAGUGUCGAUACAGUUUGGGAAAUGUGCCAUACACCCAAUGAGGCUUCAUCUGCCCAUCACUACUG